GGUUUUAUAGUUGCAGCCUCCGCUGCGAUUAUUUAUGAUUGGGGUGAGCAAGAUAGUAGUCAAGAAUCAUUAAUACCCUAACGAUAUUCCAAGCACUCGCUUUCGGACAAGAGGUAGGCUGACGCAACUAGCGGAAUAGCCAUCUCACCAAGCAUGAUGUAAUAGGUUGAACUGAUCUGGAAGCGACGCUGGUCUCUCAUGACCUUUUUAUAUCUCAGUGUGCGCUAUACUACACUGCCAUACGUUGUGAUCUUCAUGCUGAUAACUCUUCCGACAAUCUCGGUAGCAGAUGCAGGCAAUAAUCUGUUCCUAGCACUAAACUGGCUUAAUGUAGUCGUCACCGCCUUGUUGGGAAUCAUCAUGAUCGCUCGGUUACAUGCCAUGUAUCGGCGAUCCAGAAAUAUGCUUAUCUUUCUUGUUGCAACCUUCCUGGGUAUCACGAUCCCAUGCGUGGGGAUUACUGCAGCGGGGAUGAGGCAUACCAUAGGGGAGGAGUUCAUUCUUUCCGGUGCCUACCAAUGCAAUUAUAACUAUGAGGGAGACGCCCGACUUCUCAAUUCCAUGACUUGGAUACUCUGCACUCUAUGGGAGGUCCUCUUACUAUGUCUUGCGAUCUGGAUUGCUGUAAAAUACUUUCGUGAACUGCCACGGCGACCGCUCAGGGCAAGGACCAUCGAUGAAUGUUUGAUGGUGGUAAUAAAAACCCACGUGGUUUACUUUGGAAGCUUCACUGUUGCUUCUUGCUUCGCCCUCGGUUUUUUGUCCCCAACGCUCGUGGACUCAAAUUACAUGGGGACUAUGACUUAUCAUAGUAUUCUUGAUGUUGUAUCAGUCACGCAGCUGUUCAUGCUAGGACCACGCCUCAUCCUUAGCGUUCGAGAAUAUGACGCUAUGCUUGUAGCCGAUCCUGAUGCAGGAACCUACAUGCCUUCGCUUGUUUUUUAUCAGCAUGCAUAUGCUAGUAGUACUGUCACGGUGUAACACGAAGACCUCGAGUCCGAGUCGACUAGUCAUCAACACACUAAGCAGUGUCGGGCACUCUUCAGGGAGCAAGAAAAGGUUGUUUCGUCGGUUGUGGUAAUAAUUUUGGUGUCUCGUAGUAGAUAUAGAAUAAGUCAAUAUCAUGUUGUACUAACAGGACUGGCUGGCCACCCGCACUUGCCACUAUACUAUCCCCUAUGGUUUCGUAAGUUACACUUUUUGGGAUUCGUCGACGGCUGUGACUCGUGUCGAAGUUGGUAUCGAAUCUCUACACUCUACAGUACUGACUGUGCCACAAGUCACUUCGCUUGGCAGUGGGUUUCCUGAUCUUGAAGCUGAAGGAAGU